GAGGGGAUUGGGACACCUGAAUCACAUGAUAUGGAGGGUAUUCGAACACCUGAAUCACAUGAUAUGGAGGGGAUUGGAACACCUGAAUCACAUGAUAUGGAGGGGAUUGGAACACCUGAAUCACAUGAUAUGGAGGGGAUUGGAACACCUGAAUCACAUGAUAUGGAGGGGAUUGGAACACCUGAAUCACAUGAUUGGGAGGGGAUUGGAACACCUGAAUCACAUGAUUGGGAGGGGAUUGGAACACCUGAAUCACAUGAUAUGGAGGGGAUGGGAAACACCUGAAUGACAUGAUGUGGAGGGGAUUGGAACACCUGGAUCACAUGAUGGGAGGGGAUUGGAACACCUGAAUCACAUGAUAUGGAGGGGAUUGGAACACCUGAAUCACAUGAUAUGGAGGGGAUUGGAACACCUGAAUCACAUGAUUUGGAGGGCUAGCCUAAUAUUUUUGGCAAAAUAGUGUAUCUGU